AUGCUUUCCCCCCUGUUGUCCUCCUUCUUCCUCUCCAGCACACAGCACACAGAACACCUGCAUUCAUAUGAUUUUUUCCUUGACUCUGAAGCACUAGGCUGCACCGAGUUCUGCUUCCUCUUGAGCACUGCUUUUGUUACUUGCUGUGGGCUGGCAUUGCCAAUUUCGUUGGCUUCCUUUGCUUGGGUUGAAGGAUGUCCCUCACAUCCCAAGCACCUAGCCUUAGUUGUGACUGUCUGUUCCAAAGGUGUUGAUGGCUCCAAAUCAGGUGCCAAUGUGCCCUGGUCAGCUUCAAGUGGCAAGGAAGGCUUGGGCAAAGAGAGCAGCACGGAAAGCUCAGGCAAGGAGAGUGGGCCAAGUGGCAAGGAAAGCUUGGGUGAAGCAAGUGGUAAGAAAGGCUUUGGUGUAGUGAGCAGUAAGGAAGGCUUGGGCAUAGUGAGUGGUAAGGAAGGCUCGGGUGUAGCAAGUGGUAAGGAAGGCUCAGGCAUAGCGAGUGGCAAGGAAGGCUCAGGUGAAGGGAGUGGCAAGGAAAGCAGGAGUAAAGAGAGUGGCAGAGAGGGUUGUGGUGAAGAAACUACCAGGGAAGGCUGGCAAAGAUGGAGUAGUGGAGUUGUACCGGCCUCUGAGGUAGUGGCAGGCCGACAUUGGAUGCAUGCUGCUGAUCUAACAGAUCAUCUAUCAGUGGUUGAUGGAGGUGUACUGGGUAUAGAUGUGGGAACUGAAAUUCCCUUUGAAGACCCACCUAUUCACAUAUCAGUUGUAGACCUACAAACCAACUAA